CAAUAAUAAUACACCAUACCACCACUCUUGUUGUACAUUGUGCGCGUCGGUUCUUAUUUUUCACAUGAAAAUUUCAGUGUUACCUCAGCUUCUAACCAGUCAACAUCACAAUUUAUUAUUAUCAUUAAUUUGUGUUAUUUUGCCAAGUCAAGGACUCAAUUUAAUUCAGUGUUCUUCAUUAAACGCACAAGUGCUUCCCUUUUCAUUUAAAUAAUAAUAUAUAUAUUAUUUCAUUAACAAUGGCUGAUGUUGAAACAAAAGAAACCACCAAAGUCGCCUCUCCAGAAAAGAAGGUCGUCGAAGAGGUUGUUGAAAAAAAAUCACCAGAAAAAAAAAUUGUUGUAGAAAAAGAAGUUGAGGAAGUUGAUGAAGAUUCAAAAGCAUCAGAAAAUGGUGAAGCUGUUGUUGAAGAAAAAGAAGAAUCAAAAGAAAAUGGUGAUUCUAAAAAAGAUGAUGCUGUUGUUGAAGAAAAAGAAUCAACAGAAAAUGGAAAAACAACUGUAGAUGCACCAGCAGUCAAUGAUGUUUGUUCGAUAAAAAGAAAAUCAACAUCAGCAACAAUUGAAGCAGCAGCUGAUGCUGUUGAUGGUGCUGUAUGCGAAAAGAAAGCUAAACUUGAAACCAAGCCAAUUGCUGAAGCUGCCGAGAGCAACGGUGAAGAAAAAACCGCGGCCUAAUAUAUUCCCAUAUAUAUAUAUCUAUCAUUUAACUAAAACAUAAAAAAAAAAAAAAUACAAAAAAAUGAAAAAAAAAAUAAAAAACUAAAAUUAAAAGAUAAAUAUAUAUAUAUAAAAUUAAAGAAGAAAAAAAAAUUAAUAAAACCACCCUUACAAGUUUAGUACAUUGACGAUUUAUUCGCCAAUUUUCGCGUUAAGUCAAAUUUAAAAUUAAAUGAGAGCAUUUUUUUUUGUUUUUUGUUUUUGACGUUUCAUUGGAGAAAACGAGGAAAAAGACUGUUGAAAAUAUUGUCAUUAUUAUAUACGAUUUUGCAACUUUUUUUUAUUUUCAAUAUCUGAUAAAUUAUUUCUUCAAAUUUGUACUUAAAAAAAAAAAUUAAAAAAUUAAUUAUUUCUUUCUUUUUUAUACGACAAAAAUAAAUGACCAAUUUUCAUCGUUUUCACCAAUGAACUAAACACACACACACAAUCCGUUACAUUGUUACAAUAAUAAGCUAGACGUGGAUUAAAAUAAAAAUUUAUUAAAUAAAUAAUACUUAUAUUUGUAAUAAUUUUUAAAUUGUCGAUGUGGUGCUGUGAGGGGGUUUAACUUGAAACAACUUUGAACAUAAUUUAGUCGAAUCACGUUUACUUUUUUUUUUUUUUUUUUUUCAUAUAUAUAUUUUCAUUUCCAUUCAGCAUCGAUAAUUGAUAAUAAAAAAAUAAAAUUAUAAAAAAAAAAAUUAAAAUUGAAUCUUUUUUUUUAUGAGAUCUUGGACAUUCCUGUAUUUAAUUAAUAUUUUCUAAUUUUUGUUGAUAAGAAAAUGUGCACAACCGACA